AUGUCAGCAACGAUAAUUGAUAAUGGACAACCAAAGGCAAAGACUCCACUUAAAAAGGAAGAACUUGAACAAAUAGCUCGUCAAUUAAAGAAAAAAUUAUCUAAAGCUAGUAUAACUGCUAAACAAUCAUUAUCACCAACCAAUAUUAAAACAUCAACAACUAUAGCAUUACCCAAAUCAUCUCCUUUAAAAAGUUAUAUUAUGAAGAAUAAUAGCAAUGAUCAUUCACCAACAAACAAUAUUAGUAACUUAUCUUCAUCUCCAAUUAAUUUGUAUUCACCAAAUGGGAAAUCACCUACUCAUAUAAGGACACCAGCUGCUGCGUUUUUAUCUUGUUCACCAUUGAAAAAUGUUUCUCAUGCUGAUACUAGUGCUGAUGAUAUGCUAGAUAGUCCCACCAAAAGAAGAAAAACUUCACCUCGUAAAAUGGUAUUACAAGAAAUCACUCCCGAAAAAGUGAAAAAAGAAAGUACUCUUAAACCAUCAUUAGAAUUAACUUCUACCCCCACUAAAAAGAAACCUGAAUCACCAUCAAAAGAUAAAACAACUACUCCUACUAUGGCCAAACGAGAAUUAUCCUCACAAUCAUCAACUUCUUCUUCUGCUCAAAAUGCUCUCUUAAAGACUCCAAAACAAAACUCUAAUGGAAAUGGUUAUAAUGAUGCUGAAGGUGCCGAUUUAUUAAUGUAUUUGGCUACUUCUCCAUCUCCUGCUAGACCAUAUCUUUCAAAUACCCCUAGAGUUAUGAAUAAACCACUUCCUUCAAUACUGCAAUCUUCAAUACUGCAAUCCUCACAACCAUCACAAUCACAAUCACAAUCACAAUCACAAACAUCAACAACUAGUGCUAGUGCUAGUGCUAGUGCGAAUGCUAGUUCUAGUGCGGGAUCUGGUUCUGCUGCUAAUGCUUCUUCCUCUUCAUCCUCUUCUUCAUUCCUUGCCCCACCACCACCAGUGACGCCGAAAAGAGUUAUAAAUUCACAUUCUACCAGAACUCCACAAAAUAGAUUAACACCAUUUUUCAAUACUUUAAAUGCUAAUGGGUUACCAUCUCAAGGUUUAGCUUUAACCCCUACAAGUUUUAAUAUGAAUGAUUAUGUGACGUUUUUCACUCCUUCACCAGGUGGUGCAUUUAAUAAGAAUUUAUUAAAGACUCCUGAUUUCCAUAAUUCAUUACUGAAAAAGUGA